UUUUAUUACCGUAAGGAGGACGUAUUUCUGAAUCAUAUUAUUCAUUUUUAUCCAAAGGAUAUAAUCUGUUUUUGCUUUAUCAGACUGCAGACUGUAGAGCCAAAAGAUAUAAACAAAAAAAAAUGAAGGCAAUAGUUAUAACUACAGGAGGAGGCCCAGAGGUGUUGCAAUUGCAACAAGUAGAAGACCCAGAACUCAAAGAUGAUGAGGUUCUCAUCAAGGUAGAAGCUACCGCUCUAAACCGGGCUGAUACUCUACAGAGAAAAGGUUCCUACCCUCCUCCAAAGGGUGCUAGCCCUUACCCUGGUCUUGAAUGUUCUGGUACUAUCCAAGCCGUUGGCAAGAAUGUUCUGGGCUGGAGAGUUGGUGAUCAGGUGUGUGCUCUUCUUAGUGGAGGUGGAUAUGCUGAGAAAGUGGCAGUCCCAGCUGGUCAAGUUCUUCCAAUCCCACUUGGGGUUUCCCUCAAAGAAGCUGCUGGUUUACCUGAAGUUGCUUGUACUGUUUGGUCCACUGUUUUUAUGAUGAGUCGAUUAUCUGCUAGGGAGACAUUCUUGGUCCAUGGUGGUUCAAGUGGGAUUGGCACUUUUGCAAUUCAGAUAGCUAAGAGCAAAGGAGCAACAGUGUUUGCUACAGCAGGGAAUGAAGAAAAGUUAGCUUUCUGCAAGAGUCUUGGAGCUGAUUUGUGCAUCAAUUAUAAGACAGAGGACUUUGUUGCGUGCGUUAAGGAAGAAACUGGAGGGAAGGGUGUCGAUGUGAUUCUGGAUUGCAUCGGGGCAGCGUACCUUCAGCGAAACCUGGACAGUUUAAAUUUUGAUGGAAGGCUUUGUAUCAUUGGCUUGCAGGGAGGAGCUGUGACCGAAAUUAAACUUAAUACUUUAUUUCCAAAGCGCCUCACAGUGCAAGGGGCUGCGUUGCGACCAAGAAAUCCAGAAAACAAAGCAAUGGUUGUUAAUGAAGUGGAGAAGAAUGUUUGGCCAGAAAUCGUGGCGGGCAAGGUGAAGCCUAUCAUCUACAAAUCAUUUCCCUUAUCUGAGGCUGGGGAGGCUCAUAAGCUAAUGGAAAGUAAUGAGCAUAUUGGGAAGAUACUGCUUGUUCCAUGAUGCUGCUAAUGGUUUUAUCUUAUAUUGUGACAAUGGUGUGUCUUUUGAUAAUACAAUGGAGCCACUUGUUACUGUGUACCAAUUUGAAAUCAUGCAGAACUGAUGUGAAAGAUUUCUAAUACUUGCCAAUGGCAUUGUCUGAUAAAUAUAAUAAGAACAAGUUAAUUACCACCAA